GCUCCCUCUCCCUUAACUCUCAAGGAGAUGAGAACCCAUAUCCAGGGCUUGCCCUACCGCACGUGUUGCGUGCAGGACCUUCCGCUGACAAGUUUUCUGCUCUUUCGACUGCAUUCAUUGAGCUAAAAUGCGUCAGCUUACCAGCAACCUGCGUUGACUUGACUUUGACCAGACACGCGACGCAAUCCUACCGUAGGACAGUUAACAUAUUUUGCUAACAUGAAACGGAAGCCCAUUUGGAAGGAGCUCAACUUGCCGCCUCCCUCUAAAAAGAUAGCUUCGCCUCGCGCGGCAGUGGACCCCAUCCGCCAGGAAGCAUCGCAGCAAGCAUUGCGCACAAACUGCGUCCGGACGCUCUUAGCAGCGCUUUCAACCACAGAUGCAGAAAACCAGCAGAAACAGGAAGCGGCUUGCAGCAGCGCGUCAGGAGGGCCCGACUCAGGAGGUCCUAAUCCUGCUGCGGACCCAAGCACGCUGACUGGCCUGGCGGAGGCAGUCGAGGAAGCUCUGUUCCGGCACCACCACUCCGAAACCGGGCAGGAUUACAAGGCGGCUGCUCGCACACUGGUCGCAGGACUCAAGCGCAACAGCGAGCUGCGCGGGCGGGUGCUGUGCGGUGACGUGCCGCCCCGGCAGCUGGUGGCUCUGGACCCGCGCCACCUGGCCACUCCGCAGCAGCAGCGGGAGUACGCACGCUUGCAGGAGGAAGAGACGCGGCGUGUCACACUCGCCGGCGCGAACGGCAGCGGCAGCGGUGGGGGCAUCGCCAGCAGCGAUUACCGCUGCGAGCGCUGCGGGGGCCGCAGCUGCUCUUACCUGGACAGCGGACGGCGGGAUAUCGGCAAGUGUGAGACAUGGGGCAGCAAGGAGGGGCAGGGCAGCAGCCGUCUGGUGACUUGUCUGGGCUGUGGACACCGCUGGGAAGUGGAUGACGUGUGAUGAUCUGACGGAGGAGAAGCAGGGCG